CCAUCAACCAUGUCCUCGGCUCAGGGUCAGGGUCAAGAUCCCUACGCGGCAUUCUACUAUUGGGAUCAGAACAGCAACAAUUGGGCAUUCAACUAUGAUGCUUUUUACGCGGCUUAUCCCCAAGGGCUGCCUGGCUCAUCCUCUGCGCAUCAAGGCGCUCCGUACGACGCUUCAGCAUACGCCACGCAAUCCUCAGCUUAUGGGAGCGCACCAGGCAGCGCUUUCUCGGGUGUCGGGGCAUCCUCAUCUGCGCAGUGGUCAGCGCCUCAAGGGCAUGGGGCCGAUGCGGCCUUGGAUCCGUCGAGCGGCAAAGCCAAGAAGGAGAAGCGCCAGAUCGGACCAAAAGAUAAGGAUGGCAAUCAGCUUGCUGGACAAUUGAAGAGAGGAGAGACGCGUCAGACUGUGCUCAGAAAAGCCGUGGGCAAAUUGUACGAGGAUCAAACGCUGCUGGAAUGGGAUCCGAAGCACAAACGCUUAUUCGUCGGCGAUCUGGGCAAUGACGUCUCCGAUGGCGUUCUCACUGCAGCCUUUCAGAAAUACCCUUCGUUCAGCAAAGCCAGAGUCAUUCGAAAAAAAUCGGACAGCAAGUCUAAAGGGUAUGGAUUUGUCGCGUUCGCGGAUCCAGAGGACUUUCUAAAGGCGUGGAAAGAGAUGGACGGCAAAUACAUCGGGUCGCGCCCUUGCAGACUCAAAAAAGCGUCAGAAGACACUGUGCCCGUCGAGAUUGGACAUCGCAAAGAUCGUCUCCUGGCCAACAACGUCAAGCACGACGAUUGGAAGCACCAUCACAAGAUGGGCGGUGCUAUAGGUGGCACCUUGCGGCGGAAUGGAGGUUUCGGGAACGCUUACGCCAAGAAGAGGUAGAUGAUGCACACAAGUGCAACGAUGCCCCUCACGCAGCCGUAAGUACUUUCUCUUCUCUUCGGCUCGCAAUU